UCAGCUAUAUUGACAGAAGUUUUGACAGCACUGAGUACACCUGAGAACUUGCAAAAGCUCGCAGAGGCAAAGGAAAGUUCCGGCAAUGAGAUGUUAAAAAUGAUGCAAUUUGUAUUCCCACUAGUUACACAGAUCCAAAUGGAUGUUAUAAAAAAUUAUGGAUUUCCAGAAGGAAGAGAAGGUACUGUACAAUUUGCACAGCUCAUUACGUAA